UCGGACGUGUGGGGUGCGCUCCUGACUCUGUCCUGCCCUCACGCUCUUUUCAGCUAACCAGCGGUCCCUUGGAAGCUGUCUGGAUGAUCAGUAUCACUAUCAAGUUUCCUUUGCCCUGGGUCCGCUUGAAAGCGCAUGUGAACUGAGAGGACGGAUUCGGAUUUGCCGGCUGCAAGUGUGUGAGGAUAGCUACAGUUAUGGAAGUGCAAGUGACGGACGCUGGCAGUCUUCUUUUUACUGGCAUUCUUCUGGCAGUUUUCUGCAAGAUUGCCGUUUUCAUUUAUUUCUCUAAGAAGUCAUCAGUGAGGAACACCAAAGGAGAGCCGCAAGACAAAAAAUGGUGCGGUCGCUCCGGCCCGUCGGAGCUCGGCGUCCACACCCGCCGUGACCGACGAAGCCGCGCGCAGUGCGCGGCCAGUGUCGCCACCCGCGCCGCAGCGCGAGCGGGCCGACUCGCCAGCGCGGCCGGCCGACCUGCCUGACCUUGACCCGAGUCUGCCGGCCGCCGCCGGCCACGAGGCGGCCACUACCCCAGAUGGCGCCGCCGUCGCCGACCCGGAGCCGCGCUGCGCGCCGUCUCAGCCGGCGCCGCCACCAGAGACCGAGCCGGUCUCCACCGGCAGCCCCGCGCCCGAACAGCUGACCCCGUCCAUGGCCCGCCGCCAGCGCCGCAAGCGCAUGAAGCAGCGCGCGGUGGCGCCAGCCGCCGAGGCGCCGCCGCCCGAGGAGCAGCGGCUCGACCUGCCGCCCGAGGUGGUCUACCAGCUGAUGCGCCGCUACACGCUGCCCGCCGAGCAACUGCACAUGCUCGGCUUCCCACACUCGAGCAGCUUCCACCGCGGCAAGGCGUACAUCUACAAGGGGCUGGCGGGCUCGCCGCGCCCGGCGCGCAAGGUGAAGCUGGACGCGGCGGCCAAGGAGUUCGUGCCCCGCGCGCUGGCGUCGUCCGACUGCGACAGCGGCACGCACAGCUCCGAGACGGGCGACGACUCGUCUGCCGCCUCGUCCGGCAGCGAGCCGGACGAGCAGCAGGUGCCCGACGACGUGAGCGAGCCGGAGAGCGUGCACUCGUCCGGCUCGGAGAGCGAGCGCGGCGAGCAGCGCGUCUCGUUGCUGCGGCCGCACUGCGUGCGCUGCACGCAGCAGUUCGCCGUCACGGUCGACGGCUAUUACUCCGACCAGGCGGAGCGCUGCGUUUUCCACUGGGGCAAGCUGAAGAGCGCGCGCGCCGGGCCGCCCAGCUACGCGUGCUGCGGCGGCCGGCCGGGCGGGCGCGGCUGCUCGACGGCGCCUUGCCACGUGUGGAGUGGGCUGCUGCCGGGCCUGAACGGGCCGCUGAAGGGGUACGUGCGCUCACGCCGCCGCCGCGUGCCGCCGGCCGACAGCAACUACGGCGUGUACGCGCUCGACUGCGAGAUGUGCUAUACGGGCCAGGGCCUGGAGCUGGCGCGCGUCUCCGUGGUCGGGCUCAACGGCAAGCGCGUGUACGACGCGCUGGUGAAGCCCGACCGGCCGGUGGUGGACUACAACACGCGCUUCUCGGGCAUCACGGCGCGCCAGCUGGACCGCGCCACCAAGACGCUGCGCGCGGUGCAGAGCGACCUGAUGGGCUUCAUCAGCGCCGACACGGUGCUGAUCGGCCACGGGCUCGAGAACGACCUGCGCGCGCUGCGGCUGGCGCACGACACGGUGGUGGACACGUCUGUGCUGUUCCCGCACUACCUGGGACUGCCGUACCGCCGCCGGCUGUCUCACCUCACCUCCAGCUGCCUCAGCUGGAAGAUUCAGGAGGGCGGCGCCGGCCGCGGACACGACAGCCUCGAAGACGCGCGCGCCUGCAUGCAGCUAGUGCUGUGGCGCGCUCGCCGCGACCUGCAGCUGGAGUAGCGCCGGCUGCGGCGGCGGCGCGUGAUCUCAGAGUACAAACGGCCGACGCCGGCCGGCCUGUACAGCAUCGUCAUCAGUGUCCAUCCAGGGAUUCGUGUUUCAUCCGCGGAGGUGCGGCGUCGGUUUAGACUGCGAUGCGAGCUUUUGGCGCGCGGCGCGUGUUUUACAUGUGAGACGCUCCGGUGUUGCUGUGAUGGCCACACCGCGAGGAGAGCGUGGCGCCGAGCUGUGCGCCGCGCUGGUCGUCUUUCCAGUGGGUUUUACGGAGCGAGCGGCCGUUUUCGGAGUCGAUGCCGGGCCCGCCGCGGCGGCGGACCCGGCGUCACUCCGGUGCCAUGCGCUUUGUGCGAGGGCUGUCGAUGUCGCGCGUGACUGCGUGGAGUGUUUGUAUUUAAUCGGCGUCGCUGGGUGUAUAGCUGGAUUUUGAACAAUACAGACUCGAUCUUAA